AUGGCCUCCCUGUUCUCCGGCCACGUCCUGAUUCGCAACAACAGCGACCAGGACGAGCUGGACACGGAGGCUGAGCUCAGCCGCAAGCUGGAGAACCGGCUGGUGCUGCUCUUCUUUGGCUCUGGGUCCUGCCCGCAGUGCCAAGCCUUCGCGCCUAUCCUCAGGGACUUCUUCGUGAAGCUCACAGAUGAGUUCUAUGUGCUGCGGGCAGCCCAGCUGGCUCUGGUGUACGUGUCCCAGGAUCCCACGGAGGAGCAGCAGGAUAUGUUCCUUAGGGACAUGCCAAAGAAGUGGCUCUUCCUGCCCUUCGAGGAUGACCUGAGAAGGGACCUCGGGCGCCGGUUCUCCGUGGAGCGCCUGCCGGCUGUCGUGGUGCUCAAGCCGGGCGGGGACGUGCUCACCCGCGACGCCACCGACGAGAUCCGGCGCCUGGGUCCCGCCUGCUUCGCCAACUGGCAGGAGGCGGCGGAGCUGCUGGACCGCAGCUUCCUGCAGCCCGAGGACCUGGACGACACCGCGCCGCGGAGCCUCACGGAGCCGCUGCGCCGCUGCAAGUACCGCGUGGACCGGGAGGCCCGCGGCAAACGCGGCUCGGGGAGCGGGAGCCCGCCCGAGGGGGAGGGCGGGGCGGAGGGCGGCGGCGCCGGGGAGCUGUUCUGA